AUGGAAAGUUAUUUGGAGGAUGAUAGAAGAUUUCAUUCCCCUGAAUCCAAGAAGUCUAAACUUCACGGUUUAGAAGGAUUAUAUCUUCAUUCAACACCAGUAUCUCAGUCAAAUCCGCAUCAAUUCCAUCCACUCUCAUUAAGUUUCAAUGGAUUGAAGGAUAUGUCUAAUACUGAGAAGAUAACUCCAUUGUAUAGUCCUUUAACCGAUGAAGGAUAUUCUUCGGUUGGAUCUAGUUCAACGCCAACUGGUAUGCUUAACAAUAUGCCAACUUUUGAACUCUUUAAUCAUUAUAAGGAUUAUUCACAUCCUGCGUGUAUUCAUAAUCCUUCUAAUCAAAGAGAAAAGUUGGAGAUUGUUGCUUUAGAAUUACUUAAUCAAGCUCGAUUAAUUCCGCAUCCUGCUUGUUUUGGACGUCCAGUGAAUAGAGAUAUUUUGAGUAAUUGUGAAGAAAAUAUGAGAAGUCAAGUAAACGCAAAUAAUUUUCAAUUUCUUGGUGGAUUUAAUGACAAGUGUCAACUGUUAUCACAACCAGAUAUGAGAUUUGGAAAUUUUAACCAUCCAUCUGUAGCUAACGGAAGCAAUGAAUAUGCUCAUUUAAGUCAAUACAAUUCAUUCUAUCCAAGACCAGUACCAUCAGUUACAACAAAUAUCUCUCAAAAUUUAUAUAGACAACAUCUUAGUGAACAGUUAAAGCAUCAUAGACAAUUUGAAAACUCAACAAGAGUUGAUAAUGAUGCUACUAAUAAUGAUAAUUCUCCCCAGUCACCUGAACGUCGUAGUCGAAUGUGUAAUCAGAUUCUUAGUCAAGUUCGCCGGGAAAUGAUUAAACUUAUUGAUAAUAGUAUGCAACAGUUAGAGACGUAUCUACAGAAUAAUCAUUUUGAAGAUACUAAUACUUCAUCAAAUUUCUUGGAUUAUUGUAACUCCUUGAAAUCUGUUCAAGUAAACUUUCCGGAAGAUUUAAAUGUGACUCCGCUCAAUUUGAAAUUCUCUAAAAGUAAUAUUACUGCAGAAUCAGCAAGUGACGCCAAUAGUAUGCCUGGUGAGGAUCUACGAAAUGAAGAAGACUUCAACCCCAAUAAUCGUGUGUCCUCUGAAUUGAAACUAAGCAAUUCAUCGUGCAGAACAACUCCCACAAAAGAUUCACCAACGGAUUCAUCGAGAACACGACAGCUACGUCUUGCAAACAAAACUCGUAGAUUAAGAAUUCAUCAAUUCAACAGCCAGCUAUUUGUGAAUAAGAAUGAGGUGAAAAAAUCGAACACUCAAUCACCCAUUGACAAUAAACGCCAGAUACAUAGUGAUGAAAAGGAGGUACCGAACAAAAUCCCACACUUGGAUGAGUCACUCGAUUUGAGAAUUCAUCACGAAGCUGCUGAUGAUGACAAAAGUCAAUCUGAAGUGGCGAUAUCAUCUCAUAAUCUUCAAAAUAAUUAUUCCCAUACACGUUUGAAGAGAUCGAUACUGAGCAAUCAUACCAGAACGACAACACUGAGUGCCGUUCACUUGAAAAAAGCUAAAAUGAUGUUUAUGUACUCGCGUUAUCCAACAUCAAGUCUACUGAAGUCCUAUUUUCCUGAAGUAAUUUUCAAUCGAGGAUCCACCGCACAAUUGGUAAAAUGGUUCAGUAAUUUCCGAGAGUUUUUUUACAUACAGAUAGAAAAAUUUGUUCGUCAACAGAAAGCAGCUGGUUUGAAGAAAGCCGAUGAUAUAAUGCUGUCUCGUGAACAUGAAUUAAUCCGUAGCAUGGAAAUGCAUUUCAAUAAAGGCGAUGAAAUUGAAACUCCGAAAGAAUUUCUGGACGCUAUUCAAAUAACUGUAUGGGAAUUCGCUGAUGCAGUAUUAAAUAGUCGUGAUGCUAAUCCAGCAUGGAAGAAAAGUAUAUACAAGAAAAUUUCUAUGUUAGAUGUACAAUUUCCCGAGUUUUUUAGAUGUUAG